UUUUACACAUAAACAUUUUGUUCUUUUUUUCUUCUCUCAUUGUUCACAUUCUUUUGUUGCAUUUCCCCCAUUUGUUCAAGCAAUGACUCCCAACAUCAAGCCUUCGAGUGCCUCUAAUAAAGUGGACUUUUACAAAGAUCUGGAAUCGAUGAUUCAGAGUCUUGUCGAUGGUCAACGCAAUUGGGUGACGAAUUUGGCAAACACAUCAGCAGUGAUCUAUCAUGGACUACGUGAAGUAACAGGGAAACCCAUCAACUGGGUUGGAUUCUAUGUGCUGGACCAGGAUGAAGCAUCCAAGGGGAAAGAUGCAUUGAUCUUGGGGCCCUUUCAAGGAAAGAUUGCCUGUACCAACAUUGCGUUUGGUCGUGGUGUCUGUGGUACAGCCGCAGCAGAGAACCGGACAUUAUUAGUCAAGGAUGUACAUCAAUUCCCUGGACAUAUCGCCUGCGAUGCAGCUUCUCAAUCUGAAAUCGUAGUCCCAUUGGAAUUGGAUGGUAGAGUUAUAGGUGUCCUUGACUUGGAUUGUGAAGAGACCGAGGGCUUUGAUGAAGUGGAUCAGGCCGGAUUAGAGACUGUGGCCAAGAUCUUAAUCAAGGCAUGCGACUGGCGUGGCGUGGUUGGGGCAUAGAGAU